GGCCAGGCGAGGCAGCCGGGGGUCUCCCUCUCCGCCGCCGCUGCUCCAUGCCCCUCUACGGCUGAGCCUCCCCGGGGGAGGAGGAGGAGGCGGCUGCAGGACCCUGGACAGAAGCCACGCCGCCCCAGGACACACAGCAGCCCCACUGCGGUCUGAAUCCAAGUCCUCAAGGCAGCGUUGGAGGGGAAGGGGGUGUUUGGAGCAGAGGCACUCCAACCCCGGCGCUUUGACGGCAGUCUGACGGCUCCCGGCUUUGUUCGGCUUGCACGCUUCCUCCUUCUCCCCCCUCCUCUUCCAUCUCCUCCGCUGGCACCAUGGGCACCGUGUUGUCCCUUUCACCCAGUUACCGGAAGGCAGCCCUCUUUGAGGAUGGCUCAGCCACGGUGGGGCAUUACACGGCCGUCCAGAACAGUAAGAACGCCAAGGACAAGAGCCUCAAGCGCCACUCCAUCAUCUCGGUGCUGCCCUGGAAACGCAUUGUGGCUGUCUCGGCCAAAAAGAAGAACUCCAAGAAGGUGCAGCCUAACAGCAGCUAUCAGAACAAUGUCACCCACCUCAACAACGAGAAUCUAAAGAAAUCCCUCUCCUGUGCCAACCUCUCCACCUUCGCCCAGAACCAGAGUGCCCAGCCUCCGCCUCCAAACAACCAGAUUUCCAGCUCCAAGAGCACCAUCUCCUCCAUCAAGAAGACCCCCCACCCCAACACCAACUCAUCGGGUACCCCCAAGAGGGUGAUCGUUCAAGCUUCAACCAGUGAGUUGCUCCGGUGUUUGGGCGAAUUCCUGUGCCGACGGUGCUACCGGCUGAAACACCUCUCCCCUACUGACCCGGUCCUGUGGCUCCGUAGCGUCGACCGGUCCCUCCUCCUGCAAGGCUGGCAAGACCAAGGUUUCAUCACCCCCGCCAACGUGGUCUUUCUGUACAUGCUUUGCCGGGAUGUCAUCUCUUGCGAAGUGGCCACAGACCAUGAACUCCAAGCCGUCUUGCUUACCUGCCUGUAUCUUUCCUACUCCUAUAUGGGCAACGAGAUCUCUUACCCUCUCAAGCCUUUUCUGGUGGAAACCUGUAAAGAGGCCUUUUGGGAUCGCUGCCUAUCCAUCAUUAACCUCAUGAGUCCCAAAAUGUUACAGAUCAAUGCUGACCCGCACUAUUUCACUCAGGUCUUUGCUGACCUGAAGAACGAGAGCAGCCAGGAGGAGAAGAACAGGCUCCUCAUAGGCCUUGACCGGUGAGCAGAGAUGAAGGGGAAAACCAUAACCUGUUUUUUUUUUUGGUCCUUCUUUUAUGUUGUUUUUUCGUUUCCAAAAACAGACUGGGACACAAAGCUGAGGUUGGACAGGCCUGAAGGAGGACACCAAGCCAGUGUUCUCCACCACAUAUGGUUGGCUUGGCUUCUCUGAAGUGAAGUCAAAUGAAAUUGAGGCGAUGGGAGCUUGGCCUCUUUAGGUUUCUGCUUCAUUGCAUGUGGCGGAUAGGACUUCCUCUCCUUUUAGGGCAAACAGCACGAGGAUGAACAGGAGCGGAGGACCAAGCACAGCAAUGCAUGACUGCGGCACCCCUUGGCCGGUUGUUUUUUGCCUAGAAGAUCUGCAAAAUGGAUCUGAGAACCAUCUUGUGUUUCUUAAUUCCUUGUGAUGGAUUGCGGCAGAGAAUGCAAAUACCGUGUAUGCUCCUCUUGAGAAGAAAGAGGGACCAGACCCAAUGGAUGCUUCAGCCCCUGGCAUUCCAACAAAGGGAUAAAAGAGUGAGAUUUCCUUUCUUUUAAAUGUACUUACUUUGCACACUGACUUGAGCAAAAUGACACCAACACAGUAUUGGCAUCCAAAACUGACUCUUUCUUGCAUGAAAAGGAGGUUGCCUUGAGAACCAGGAGAAGUGGGCAAAGGCUCACCCAUGCCCCUCUCUGUAUGUUAUCACCUCUACCACCCCUUUCACUGAGGGCCAGCAUCUUGGGAUCUAUGGGCUCUCUCAAAACAUCAGUGCUAAAAGGUAAAGGUGAACCUUGGCAUCAUUUCCUGUUAAAGCACCCAAGUAAAAUUAGGUAGCCUGUCGACAACUUGUGAGACACUGGGUGUUGGUGGACUCUAACUCCCAUCGUACUUCACCAUUGGCUAUGCUGGUUAGGUUUUAUGGGAGUUGAGGUCCAAUCUCUGAAGGUUCCUACCCUGUCAAUAUGGAGUAGGGGCCGAUAUUCAAGAUGGCCUCCAGCUGGAAUUAAUUUUUGCUGGCAGGUUAUUGGGGAAUUUAUUUCAUUUUAUUGCAGACCAUACUUUGGCUGUCUUAGAGCAGGGAGGCCACAGUUGUAUUGUGGCCAGUUGAACAGCUAGAAUAAUUGUCCCUUACUAAAGUAUCAACUUAAUUGGAAAAUUUGAGAAUGACGUCAAAAGUCAGCUACAUUCUCACUUGUACAAAUUGGGUAUCAAACAUAGGAUGGGUGCUGAACCACAUACACAACUGGUAUUAUGGGUGCCUCCUGACCCUGCCCUAAAGCCCACUUGCCAACUUAAUGCUGUAUCUGGGGGAAUGGAGGAAGAGACCUGGGGAAGAAGACAAUGAGAAUGCAAUGGAUAACAACAACAGUAAAAAACAAGAUAGUGACUAAAAAUAUGCU